UCUCGUCCCCACCGGGCACCGGCCGAAGAAGAUAACCCCAAAACCCCGCCGGUCCCCACCGGCUACGCCAUGGCCGAAAUGCUCGCCCUUCCGCUGCCCCUCCGAGCUCCGGCGCCACCGCCGCGUCCUACAAUUCCCAACCCCAUCGUCACCCAUCGCCAACCUCACACACCGUCCUCCUCCCCUCCUCGCCUCUUCUCCCCGAACUCCCUCCUCUCCACUUCCCGCCCCACUCCAGCCUCAUCCUCCCGCAAACCGCGCCUCGGCCGCCCGCUCGACACCUUCCGCGGCGAACAGCCGUGGCACCUGCCUCCGUCCCUGUCCCUCCCCGCCCGCCGCGCGCUCCUCGCCCUGCUCGCCGACCCGGCGGAACACGCUUCCCCGCGCGACGUCCUCUCGGCGCUCCCGGAGACCGAUCUCCCCGCCGUCGUGAACACGCUCGCCUCCCGAGGGGGCCACCCCGGCAUCGCUGUCGCCGUGGUCCGCGCCGCGCGGGACCUCCACGGUGACCGCGCUCUCCAUCACCCGCGCGUGCUGCCUACUGCCAUCCGCGUGUUUGCGCGCGCCGGCUGCCUCGCCGAGGCCUCUGCUAUCCUCGAGGCCGCGCCGGCGCCCGACGCCAGCGCAUACACUGCGCUCGUGUCCGCGUUCUCCCGCGCCGGGAGGUUCCGGGACGCGGUCGCCGUGUUCCAGCGCAUGGUGGAUGGAGGCGUGCAGCCCGCGCUCGUCACCUACAACGUUGUGUUCCAUGCCUACUCCAAGAUGUCUGUCCCGUGGAAAGAGGUCGUGGCGCUCGUGGACUCAAUGAAGGAGGACGGCAUUGAGCGGGACAGGUAUACGUACAACACGCUCAUUAGUUGUUGCCGUCGAAGGGGGCUUCACAGGGAGGCAGCGCAGGUGUUCGAUGAGAUGAAGGCUGCUGGAUUCGAACCUGACAAGGUCACAUUCAAUUCCCUGCUGGAUGUAUAUGGUAAGGCGCGGAAGCAUGAGGAGGCAAUUGGGGUGCUAAAGAGGAUGGAGAAUGCCGGAUGUACACCCAGCGUGGUGACCUACAACUCGCUCAUCUCGGCUUAUGUGAAGGAUGGGUUGUUAGAAGAGGCUCUGGAGCUAAAACAGGAGAUGGAGUUCAGGGGUAUGAAGCCGGAUGUGGUUACAUACACGACAUUGAUCUCUGGCCUUGACAGAGUUGGCAAAAUUGACGCAGCACUUGCUACAUACAGUGAAAUGGUGAGGAACGGAUGUAGCCCGAACUUAUGCACCUAUAAUGCAUUGAUCAAGUUGCACGGGGUGAGGGGGAAAUUCACAGAGAUGAUGGCUGUCUUUGAUGACCUCAGGUCUGCUGGGUAUGUGCCAGAUGUUGUCACCUGGAACACGCUCUUGUCCGUGUUUGGGCAGAAUGGUCUAGAUUCUGAGGUUUCAGGGGUGUUCAAGGAGAUGAAGAAAGCUGGCUAUAUCCCUGAGAGGGACACAUAUGUUUCACUAAUUAGUUCAUAUAGUCGAUGUGGUUUGUUUGAUCAAGCAAUGGAGAUAUACAAGAGGAUGAUAGAAGCCGGUAUAUAUCCAGAUAUUUCGACUUAUAAUGCUGUUCUAUCUGCAUUGGCUCGUGGUGGUCGCUGGGAACAAGCAGAAAAGUUGUUUGCUGAGAUGGUGGAUCGAGAUUGUAAGCCAGAUGAGCUCAGUUAUUCCUCAUUGCUUCAUGCAUAUGCUAAUGCUAAGAAGUUGGACAAAAUGAAAACUUUAUCAGAAGAUAUAUAUGCAGAGAGGAUUGAACGACACAACUGGCUAGUAAAAACAUUGGUCCUGGUCAAUAACAAAGUUAAUAAUUUACCUGAGACAGAAAAGGCGUUUCAGGAACUGAGGAGGCGGCGUUGCUCCCUGGACAUUAAUGUUCUUAACGCCAUGGUAUCCAUAUACGGGAAAAAUAAGAUGGUUAAGAAGGUGGAGGAGGUCCUUUCACUCAUGAUGGAGAAUUCUAUCAACCACAGUGCUGCAACCUAUAAUAGUUUGAUGCAUAUGUAUUCUCGUUUAGGUGAUUGUGAAAAGUGUGAAUCAAUCCUCACUGAGAUCAAGUCAAGUGGCAUGCGCCCUGAUAGAUACUCUUAUAACACUGUGAUAUAUGCAUAUGGAAGAAAAGGACAGAUGAAAGAAGCCUCAAGGUUGUUCUCUGAAAUGAAAUGUUCAGGCGUGAAACCAGAUAUUGUAACAUACAAUAUUUUCAUCAAGAGCUAUGUUGCCAACAUAAUGUUUGAAGAAGCUAUUGAUUUAGUACGCUAUUUGGUUACACAAGGUUGCAGGCCAAAUGAGAGAACUUUCAAUUCAAUACUGCAGGGCUACUCUAGACAUGGAAGGAUGGUAGAGGCGAAAUCAUUCCUUAGCAACCUUCCUAAGAUUUAUCCUGGAAUAUCGAAACAAGAAAAACAACGACUGUCGGAACUGCUGGCAAAACACACUUCGUAAGAUGGUUGAUAUUAUAAGAACCAAACCCUUUUUGUGAGCAUGAUAGGUUGAUUCUUUUCCAUGGGAGCUCCGUGUAAACACAGCAUGAAUAUGUUGUUCCCAAAGAUAAGUGGCAAUGCAUCAUUUUAAAAAGAUGCACAUUGGUUUGUAGGCGCAAGCGCAAGAAGCCAUGAACCUGUGCGAAGUCAAGGUAAGAGGUUCGGCACUAUUGUGUUCUGAUUUUAUACACUGUACUCAUUGGAAGUCCGUUGUUUCGUUUUUCUUGGUGUUAUCCUUGUAUUACGAUUUUCUUCAUUUUUUUAAAUGGUUUCUCGAAUAUUUUCAUCCUUGUUGCCGAGGAUCCCGUUUGGGACGAUAGUUGGUUUCCAUAUUGCCAGCUGGUGCCAGUAUGGUUACCGUGAAAUCUGAGUGAGAGCACACCGUCCGCAUCUUCCAUCAGCUGGCACAUCGCAAAAUUGUAUACUGUUUUGCUCUUGGGUGUUGCAUUGCAUGUAUAGUUUUAGCUUGAGCGGUUGAUUGGCCAUUCGCAUACGGUGACAAGGCAGGUAGGCAUUAGGUAUCGUUUCCCGUGCUGUUCUAAGUUGUGUGAGUAGGCUGCGUUGCUUCUUUGUUUUUGUCUAGCCUUGCUUUCUUUCCAUGCCUGUGCAUAGUUAUUUCUUUUUCAGGUCAGCAUUCAUUGUACACGUUCCAUCUCGUGUACAUUGUACUUAUUACUCCCCCCUGUCCCCGAAGAAUCUCGUGUACUUUGGAUUGACCUUAACAUGAGCAAGAUGAAGUUGGUUUAUUUACCGGCCGUUACACCAACGUUUCACUUACAUUCGCGUGGUGUGCAGUCAGUAUAUCGGAUGAGGAGUUGAGGACAUCAACUUUUUUUUGCGGCAGGCUGCCAAGUUACUGGAGCUGCACACACAUCCCCUCUUCGUCGCGGCGGAUGAACAAUAAUGGUCGCCUCGAACGAUUUGUUAACGAGGCGCCGACACCGGUGGUCGGGCCAUCAAUGAUUUUGUGUAUGGCUCCCGUGACAGAAGGAACGCGCGCACAGGAAGGAAGGGCCGGAGAGACGAGAACCAAGCAUCCAUCUGAUCAGCUGGUAAAGUAAGCGCGGAGUACUAUUAUCUAUCUGCAGACUGCAGGUAGCGUCGCGGAGUCCAGCGCAGGGUGGGUGGGGAUCCCGGCGUUCGUGGUACUGUCACGGGCGGGAUUCGCAUGGAUCCGAUGUGCCAGGGGGGAGCUGCUCGGACGGACGUCCUGAACAAAUGGAGCUGGAUCCGAUCCAAGUUGCAGCCGAGGACCGCGUGAAUCGAUCAGUGUCGACAAUGGCGGCCCACGGGUUUCCAUUUCGGCCGACGUAAAUGGGGUGCACCUACACACGCCUCUCCUCGCACCGUGCGUGCAUAGACGGCGCUACGACAGCUGCGUUCGGUUGGUUGCGCGUAGUAGUAGUAGGUGAAAAGUCACUGUAGACUCGUAGAGCAGAAAUAUACUACCUCCGUUUCUUUUUAUUAGUCGCUGGAUAGUGCAAAAUUACACUAUCCAGCGACUAAUAAAAAGAAACGGAGGGAGUAUUAGUAUUGUAUAUGAUAUGACACGCGUCGUGUGGCGUGGUGACAACCGUCGGCGCUGGCCCGUUGUGCACGCCAUCGUUCUCGUAUGAUUUGGUAUGGUGCGGCGCACGAAGAGGCUUGGAAUACACGCCUGUUACGCCAGCUAUUCGGCUUUUAUUAUUGGUUUUCUCCAAAUUCGUCCCAGUCACCGACUCGCUCACAUCACCCGUUUUAAGUGCCUCGAUGAUGUUUUGCAAGAGAGGAACCGGUGUACCGUGUACGCGUUCAGAAACAAGUAGGGAAUAAUGGCGAAGUAUACGUAGUACCAGCUGCUUCAUCACACGCGCCGGCGCUGUAGAUAGCAACAUCUGCCACCAAGCGGUAGGUGGAUCAGAUCAGUGUUAUUUGGCCGCAAAGGCGCAAUAUGGCAGAUGCAUUCCGUAGCCCCGACCGCGAGCGAGCAUCGCGACAUGUAGCUACAGUGUCUCGUCCAAACAAGCAAAGCAAAAAAGGCAACGCCAAUCAACAACAGGCACAUCCCAACAAACGCAUCCAUCUUGCCAGCGGGGUGCCAGGGCGCUCAGGACAGGGACACAUGAACAAAGUCGUGUGUGUGGCUCAUGCAUGGAUGGGGACCAUACAAACAACGGCAAUAAAAUAAAUAUAUAAAAUAAAGCAUCUCAAUGGGGUCGCAAUAUAGUACAGCAAAAAAAAAA